AUUGGUCAGAAUGUGUCCAAAAUACCCUCUUGUCCUGAUAUUUGGGAUCAUCCUGAGUCUCCCCCAUCCGUCCUCGUCUCAGAAUUGGGAAAUGUUUCAGAAGAAGCACAUUGUAGGCUCAGCGAGCAUGAACUGUGACGACGUCAUGAAGGACCCCAUAUUCAUCAUAAAGGAUCGCUGCAAGAAACUGAACACUUUCAUUGUUUCACCUGCUGCCACUGUAAAGACCAUCUGUAGCGCGGUGCCAAGCCGUAGCGAUGUAACAAGUUCCGCAAAGUUCCAGCUCAUCAAUUGCAUUCUCAAAUCUGGUGUGAAACCCCCUUGUCCGUAUGAAUCCAAAAGUGAAAAUAAUUUCAUCUGCAUAAGAUGCGAGAACAGACUUCCUGUGCAUUUUGUCAAAAUGGGAAAAUGUUAAGAAAUUGUUUCUUGAAAUGUUUUGCUGCAGACAA